AUGGUGUUUGGAAAGUUUUCUAUCCUGCUACUACACCUCAUUCUGAAUGGAAUUUUUGGAUUGAGUGAUGGGUGUUUAGCUCACCCCUACUCAUAUGUAAGCAAUAGGUUUUCGGUAAAGCUUUAUGACAAGCUCGGCACGUCACAGUCAUCGUCGAAUGUCUUCUUUUCCCCUCUCAGUAUCUCUGCUGCAUUAGGCAUGCUGGAACUGGGAGCUCGAGGCAAUACCAAAACCCAGAUAGAUAUCGCCUUGGAGACAGAGAACGCGGUCGAUAUUCAUGAAAAUAUUAGCCGCGUUCUCGAAGAUACGAACAACUCAAACAACAAUUUCACACUCCAAAUUGUGAAUAGACUGUUUGGAGAGCAGGGAUUUUCUUUUAAUUCAACCUACCUUGCAGACAGUACUACGUUCUAUGGCGAGCCGCUGGAGCGCCAUGAUUUUGCAAAUUCUCCGGAAGAAUCAAGGGUUGAGAUUAACAAGUGGAUCAAAGAACGAACGGAAGACACAAUCAAAGAUAUUUUUCAACCGGGCGACAUCACCGACUCUUCCAUUCUGGCUCUUGUAAGUGCUGUGUACUUCAAAGGCAAUUGGGCCUCCCCCUUUGACAAAAGGCAGACCAGGAAACGUCCUUUCUAUACUGCUAAUCCUCGCCCCACGUUGGUGGAUAUGAUGACACAGACUGGUCGAUUUAGGUAUGCCCACAGCGAGACAUGGCAGGCCUCCAUGAUAGAAAUUCCUUACUACGGAACGGCCAGCAUGCUGAUCAUACUACCCGACCAGCGUGAUGGACUCGGUUAUUUUGAAUCUGAGUUUACCAUCGAUGAGUUUGACAGACUUCGGCGUUCUAUGCAGGGGACAAGGGUGUCAUUGUCGCUCCCUGGGUUUGUAUUGGAAAACAUGCGCAUUGAUCUUAAAGAACCACUCAAGAGUCUUGGGAUGACCGACCUGUUCUCGUCCAACGCUGACCUGUCAGGUAUAGGAGGAACCCCUGGUGAACUUCAAUUGUCAAAGAGCACACAUCGUGUGUAG